ACCACUAACAAUACGAAGACAGGCCGGCAACGCUUUUAUUUCUCUCUCUACUUCACCACUCUCUCCCCCCCUCUCUCUCUCUCUCUCUCUCUCUGACAAAGACGUACUAAUGAGUGUGGUCUCUCCCUAUUGUUACCAUUGUAAUUCAUUUAUUUCUCGAAGUGUUCAGACAUCGCUGCAUAUAGAAAGAAAAAAAGAGAGUGAAUAGGGUAAUCGAAUCGGAGGGUGCAGGGGGUAGAGGAGGAUGCUGUCCGCCGAUGGAUCUGAUGCGGUCCGAGCCGAUGCACCUAGUCCAACUCAUCAUCCCCAUCGAGUCCGCUCACCGCACCAUCUCCUACCUCGGCGACCUCGGCCUAAUCCAAUUCAAAGAUCUGAAUGCAGAAAAAAGUUCAUUCAGCGAACAUAUGCCAAUCAGAUCAAAAGAUGUGGAGAGAUGGCACGCAAAUUAAGAUUUUUCCGGGAGCAAAUUUCAAAGGCAGGUUUUUCACCUGCAGUAAGAUCUGUGACAGAAGCUGAUCUCAAUCUGGAUGACCUGGAAGUUAAGCUUGGUGGACUUGAAGCGGAGCUGGUUGAAAUUAAUGCAAAUGGUGAGAAGUUACAGCGCUCGUACAAUGAACUAGCUGAGUACAAUCUUAUCAUACAGAAGAUGUGCCUUAUCUAUUUGUUAGUCAUCAUAGUUUGUUAUAGCAGAGCUAUUGCACUAUUCACACGUGGAACAAGAGAAACUUUGAAGGAGGAAAGAAUGUUUAAGUCUAUGUGAUGAGGACAUCACAUAUUUUGGGUUUCUACUUGUAUGCUAUUUAUUUUAUGUUUUAUUAGUUGAAUUGGGCUGUAUUUAUGGGCCGGCCCAAGCCCCUUUUAUGCUGUAGAUUUGGUCUUUUUUCUAGUUUUGCUUUGGGCUAGUUAAUGUUUUGGUAUUGGGCUUGCAAGCCUUUUUAUAUUUGGUAUUGGGCUUGCACUAUAUAGGUAGGCUGGGCCAUGCCUUUUAUAUUUUUGUGUUGCUAUAUAUUCAAUCCUUUUCUAUAAA